AUUUAUCCCAGAACUUUGAGGUGACCCACACCAAGCGACUGAGACCAAGCCGACACCAUCGGAUAACCGCAGCAUCUGACCAUUUACCACACGAACCACAAAGGGGAACCAAGACAGAGGACCACCACUCGGCACAGUCCAGCUGGAUGGCAGACGGAGACAUCAGACACCACACCACCGGGCGGAUCCCUGCACAAAAACUCCUGGGUGUAUGUUUCACUUUAACAUGGCAGGGCAUUUGGAAAUGGACUGUUUUAUCUGUACAACAUACUAGACAUGUGCAAGGCAAGCAAAUUAGGUUGGACAAACCGUUAUUCUCAAAAAUAGAUUUAUCCCAGAACUUUGAGGUGACCCACACCAAGCGACUGAGACCAAGCCGACACCAUCAGAUAACCGCAGCAUCUGACCGUUUACCACACGAACCACAAAGGGGAACCCAGACAGAGGACCACCACUUGGCACAGUCCAGCCGGAGGGCAGACGGAGACAUCAGACACCACACCACCGGGCGGAUCCCUGUGACUGGACUGCAGGCGCAGAGAUCUGGAAUUGGUUAG